CGGUUUGUUUUCCGGGUGAUGCUGCUCUUCUCUUCAAAGCAGAGGAAAGUCGGGGGCUCAUGUGUCAACAUCCAGGGUUUCCCCGGGGAGGCGUAGCGUUAACGUUAUUCCAAAAAAACCUGAUGUUCCUUUGAAGAGGCUUUUUAUUUUUCCUUUCUCGUUCCUCAUCCUCGGCGGCGGCGGUUCGUCGGACUGCGAGCGCCACAAGACGAUCUUCGGCUCCCGCUGCUUUGACGUUAGCUAACGUUAUUUUAAAGGAUGACAGAGUACAAAGUGCGAAUAGCGUCUCCAAUCAUUUAAUAAUAUCUGGGGACCUGUUAGCCUAGCCAGCUAGCCUGGUACUUCGAUUAGAGCAAGGGAACACGGCGACACACACUGCUGACAUGAUGUUUCCUCAAUCAAGGCACUCGGCGUCCUCUCAGUCCAGUCAACCUCUCAAGUUCACCACUUCUGAUUCCUGUGACCGCAUUAAGGAUGAGUUCCAGUUCCUCCAAGCACAGUACCACAGUUUGAAGUUGGAAUGUGAUAAACUGGCCUCUGAAAAGUCGGAGAUGCAGCGUCACUAUAUCAUGUACUAUGAAAUGUCCUACGGGCUGAACAUUGAAAUGCACAAACAGGCUGAAAUAGUGAAGAGACUGAAUGGGAUCUGUGCUCAGGUGCUGCCUUACCUGUCACAGGAGCAUCAACAGCAAGUCAUGGGCGCCAUAGAGAGAGCCAAGCAGGUCACACCUCCUGAGAUGAACUCCAUCAUACGGCAACAGCUCCAGGUGCAACACCUGUCCCAGCUCCAGGGCCUGGCCCUGCCUGUGACCCCGCUGCCCCUGGGCCUCACCCCACCCACCCUGCCCGCCGUCUCCUCCAGCUCCGGCCUGCUCUCCCUCUCCUCCAUCCUGGCCAACUACUCCCACGGCCAGCCCCAGGUGGUGAAGGAGGACAAGGCCAGGGACGCCGCAGAGAGGGCGCCCAGAGGGGAGGACGGGGACAAGUCAGACUAGCGCAGACCCAAGGAGGAGGUUUGGAAGGAGGGUGGCAUGGGGGGGGUGGGGAGGGGGGUGUCGUAAGUUUUGAAAAAAGAAAGGUUAAACUGUACCUGUAAAUGGAGAUUGAUGUAAGUCUGGCUGCCUGUCUGCUGAGUGUCGAUGUAGAAGAGUAACUGCAGGGAUGAUGACGAGCAAAGAGGACGGAGCUGAAACUUUUUUUGGAUGUGCAGAGGAUGAAACUCCUGAAUGGCUGAGCGUUCAAUGUUCUUAUUAUUUAGUGGUAAUAGACUCGGUUCAGGCUUCUAGACUUUAAAUAGAUGCUUUUUUAGUGUAAGCCGUUGUUGUUAGGCUUAACCAAGAUAAAUGUUUUCCCAUUUGGAGAGAGAGAGAGAGAGAGAGCUGAGGAUGAAACCUGACAGCAGUCUCCUGUACAUGGAUCUGCCUCUCACAGAUUUAUUUUUCUUACUUCUUUUUGUUUUCAGAUCUUUUUUAUUUUCUCUGUAGUCCCUCUGAUUGUUUCUUGCUGGCUGUUGUCUGCCAGUCACAAUAAGCAGUUUUAACAACAGUUCCCUGUAACUUCUCCCCCCUCACACUUAUGUUCUACAGUAACUCCAUCAGCUUUUGUUUUUUUCCAAAAUGGAAAAUGUUGACUGGAGCUGUUUGGUCAGUAAAACCAUCAAUUCAUGCUUUUGGAGCCAAAAUACACCUGAUGCCAAGUGUAAUGUUUUAAAGGGACGUUUCACUUGCCGGGUGCAUUGAAGCCCUUCGAUUACAAACCACCUGAUUUGUCACAGUUUUUUGCGUUUAUGACCAACCACUGGAUGCAUUACCUGAGCUGCGUACCUCAGUUUCAGAUCAAUGGGAUUUAAUUCCAUUAAAACUCUAUAGUUUGUACAAAUGGUAAGAUGCCCAGCUUGGGAGUUAAUUUGUGUUUCGUAGGCCUAGCUACUGCUGCUACGUGCGCUACAUUGGAUGGACCAUGACUCGUCUUUUAAAUGACAAGAAUUAAAGGUUUUGGGGAAAAAAAGAGAAAAAAAAAAAGGAAAAAAAAGAUUUUAUUUUGACAUGUUUUCGUGAAGUAAGACAGGCUGUAAUUAGACCUUAAGAGGUGUCUGCGUGUUUGAGUGAAUGUGACUGGAAAGAAGAAAACACUUGUUUAAUUUAACUUUUAUUUUCUUUCUUUAAGCACCUUUUGUAUUUUCCUCAUCACCCCGCCCUCCCCCCCCCCCCCCCGCCUUCCCCUCGCCGGUCCGCUCUGAAACAAAACUUGAACAGGAUCUAAAUUUCAGAAGCAGGUGGUUUGUGAAGACUGUAUUUCUGUGAGUUAUCAGAGCUCUUCAGUUGAUACCGAGACUGUAUCAAGCACCUGUCUUUACCUGGUUUAGUAGAUUUCUGUGGCUACAAGUGGAAGAUGCUCGCCUCUACCAAUUGUUUUGAUGAAGAAUGUGUCCUGGGUGAGUUGCUAAAGCUCUCAAGCGCCCCAGCAGAAAACAUUUUUAUAAAGUUAUCACGUAAGGGAAGAAAUUAUUGUCACCAUUUGCAAAAAAAAAAUAUGUAAGCUGUGUCCUACCACACACUGAUUCUAUUCAUCUGGGUGGUAUAUAUUUAUUGGAGGUGGUAUACAAGAAGUAAAAGUGCUGUUCUAAUAGGAUUAACUUCUUUUUUUUCUAAGCCCUCUCACCAUGAUCUGUUUUUUUCCACCUGUGAGCAGCUUUCAUGUUACUUUUGUGCAUUGCAUUGUGGGACAGCAGUGUCUGCCAUACGACUAGCUUAAAAAAUCUACACUUAAAUCUGAAUUAUGGUGAGUCUGAGCAUGCAUUUGUGCUUUUUCCACAUUAUGACGGUAUGGAGGCAGACACUGCAUUUACAUGGUGUACACCUGAACCAUGUGGCUCACAUCCAGUCCUAUCUGUACAUCCAUGUUGUUAUAUUUAAUAAUAUCAACAUGCAGUUGCUCCACAAAUGUGUCUGUAAUUUAAAUUAUUCCCUACACCUAUGACAAAUUUGAUUUAAAGGAAUGUUAAGCAGCAACAUCCGGAUUAUUUUUGUGCAGUGUGUGUGAUUUCUGCAUACAAUCACUAUAUUUAUUCAAUAUCUAAACAUAUGUAGAUACAUCUAUGUUUAACGGCCUCAAUUAAGGGUGUAGGAUUUUGCUCUUUUUUUUUUUUUAGGCCAACUAAACUUUCCCUUGUUCAAUGAAACUGGAGAUCUCGGUAAAGAUUUUAGUGUGAAAACAGGUUAUGCACACAGUAGUAGGAAGAGCUGAGGACACUGGUUGAGCAAAUGUAGAGUGUUUACACCAGAGAAGUGAAAAAAUGAAGUAUCCUCCAAACAGGCUGCUUGAUUUCUGAGUGUUUUGUUGAUGAACUCCCACAGCGUAGUGCACAAAGAAAGGGCAGCAACCGCUUAUAGCUGCAAAAAUGAAUUGUUGAAAAUAGUGAAAGAACUGCAGGAAAUCUCAGAAAACAAAAGAUAACUAUUGUUAUUAUUAUUAUUUUUGGAAGCACACAUGUUGCUUUCUCUUAAAUGAAAGGUUUUCUGUGGAACAUUCAGAAAACCGUUGCUUGAACUGCAAAUGUUGUCGUUAUUUUUCCCUGUUUUGUCCCGUCACCAAUCCAACGCUCUGCCAGCGUUGACCCGAGUUUUCCCUCGACGUCGUUGGCCAGACGGGCUUCCCUACAUAAAAGUUUUUGUGUUGGAGUCUGUGUUGUGCUGGGAUCCAGUCCUUUGUUGAUGUUACUCUACUUCCAAGCCAGCGUUAGCUAACGUUGCACACUGUAGGGGAGAGGAAGAGCAACACUGAGGCAACGCACUCAGGAGUGAGCGUAAACAUCACAUCCUUUGGAUUUCCUCGGAAAAUUCAUCCCCCGGCCUCCGCGUAGAAAUCAGUUUACGAGCUUUAUAGGCAACCGGGGAGGGGCUUCUCUUUUUUUUUUUUUGCAAUUUGUUGAGACAUUAGUGAAUAAAAAGUGAUUAUUAAAUUGUAAAUUGCUUCACAUUCUUACACGUAGUGCCUUUAAAUUGGCAGUUGCAUUUAAAAGUCACUGUUGAACCGACAUCCAGUGGGUUGGGUCACUAUUGCAUCACUUCUUCUUUCGUAUUCAAACUGAUUUCUUGUCUACCACCUGCAAAAACUGUACAGAAUGCUUGUGUGGAAGUGGGACACAGCUCAGGUUUAUGGUUGCUUUAAUGUUGCUUGUUUGGGCAGCAGAGGGCAGCAGAGCUCCACAACUGAUAAACAACAUGAGGACAAUAAGGCAGGUGGAUAGGAAGCAUCUAAAGAAGUCCAUGCCAGUCCAUCAUGCUCACAAUCUCAUAAUUGUUUGCGCUCUUUCAUUUCCUGCCCGUGGGCCGACCCACAGGUGCACCGCAGACGUCCUCCCAACCGCAACGUGCUCCAGAGCUUUGGCAACCGACCUUUAAUGUCUGAGCAAGUCCGAGAUCUGAGCUUAAACCUUUCCUCUGUAUUUUAAUUUGAAAAGCACUUAAGUUGUGGCUCAACGCUCUUUGGUUUUUCUUCUUCCUGUCUGUGCUAGCGUCGGGGGAGCUGAAGAGUUUCCCUCCCUGGAGAUCCUGACUUUAAUAUAUGGAGCGCGACAGCAGAUCACGCAGUCAUUUGCACUCUUUAUACUGACGUCAGUCUCUGUAGAAAAACCUCCUUUGGCAAAACUCAGACAUGUGAAUGGUAUGUGUGUUUGUUUUGCUGUGAAGGGCCAAUUUGUAUACAUAUGAAUAUAUCAAUAUACAUAUUUUUUAAAGCAUUUUUGUAUGUUUCAAAGCUGCUUUUUAACGUGUGUGUAUCAUGGAAGACUUUGGUGUUGUAUGUGUGCAUUACAAGCCUACAGUAAGAGAGGCACAAUGUUGUAUACCAUGUCGUUUUUCCUGUUUUUUCUCUCCCAUUCAUUCUCUCAGUAGGCUGUAACACUUAACAUUGUUUUCUAGGUUUGUAAAUGUUUUAUCCUUUUUUGUGCAAACGAAAAACAGUUAAAUGUGUUUAUGAACACGGUCUCAUUUUAAAAAAAAUACCUGGGGCAAAAAAAAACAAAACAAAAAAAAAAAAACAAAGAUGUAAACAAGCAACUGUGUACUCUAAUGAGAAUGAAUCAACCUUUUAGCAGUAAGGAAGCUUCUCUGGUGCCUUACAAAUAAAAGAUGUGAUUGAGAGUG